CCAAAUCACUAUUACUAUAUAAAAUAUCAAAGCCCCACCACAGUCCCAAGUCCCAUCCUUGACCAUAUAUCUCCCUCUACCUCUCACACACUCAACUGUUUCUCACUCUCAUACACAUAUACAUACAAAGAAGUAUCAUAUCAUAUUACUUGCUAUUACUAGCUAGUCGCUACUAGUUUCCAAGGUUUAGAUGGCUGAGAAGUGGAAGCUAUCGAAGAAAGAAGGUUCAUCUUCUUUCACAAGAAGUUUCUCAACAAAGAGUUCGUCAUCCAAGGCUCCUCUCUUGAGGAGCUCAUCCCUUAAAAUCUCUUCUCCAAAGUGUCCUCUUCCAAGGAGUUGCUCUCAAAAAAGCUCUUCCAUUUCACGUAAAUGUAGUAGCUUAGCCAAGGAACAGAAGGCAAGGUUUUAUAUCAUGAGGCGCUGUGUUGCCAUGCUUGUUUGUUGGCACAAACACGGUGAUUCUUGAAGGAACAUGCAAAGAGAUCGAGUAAGGGAUUAAAUGUAUCUUCUUGGUUGGUUCUUCUUCCUUUUUUGCCUUUCCCUUUUUCUUUCUGAAAGAUGGAUGUUGGGCUUGGCUGAACUCGUAAAUUUUCUACCGUCUGACCAAGAAGAUAUUGGUAUCAUAGAGAGUUAAUAUCAGUUGUAAUUACAAUUUGAAGAGAGAUAGAAUUUUCAACUUUUUUUUGCAAGAGAUCAUACAUCAAAUAUAAUCCAACAAAAGCUCCAAAUAACUUUCUUCAUUCAUUGAUUUUUAUUUUCUCUGCAUGCAUUCUUAGUCCUAUUGGAUCUCAACACUAGCAAGACUUGUUUUGCUCUGUUAUUGGGGAGUUGUCUGAUAGCUGUCUUAUCUCAUCUCUUUUCUGUUUCCGUUUUCCUCUCUGUUUUUUCUUGAUGGGAGAGAGAUUUAUUUCAGCUGUUGGAACUGGCAGUAAGGUAGGACAUUAUUAGUUAUCGGAUCUGCAUUGGGAGUGUCACUCAUCUUUCAACCAUUAAUA